AUGUGGCUGCGAGUCUUCUUCACAUUCGUCUUCAGCUGCUCCGGCUGCCAGCCGGCUUCAGUUUUUCUGGAUCCGGGUCGAGCUCAUGCCGUUCUGGUCCGGACCCGGAGGUAUAACUCGGGCUGGCUGGAGGAGCUGCAGAUGGGAGAUCUGAAGAGGGAGUGUUUGGAGGAGAAAUGCUCGUACGAGGAGGUGCGGGAAGUGUUCGAACACACAGAGACCACGGAUGAAUUCUGGAGGACGUACAACCUCCCGGACGGCUGUGAGUCGAGUCCGUGUCUGAACGGCAGCAGCUGCUCCACGCAGGGCUCGUCCUUCACCUGCUACUGCCCGCCCGGGUUCAGCGGACUCACCUGUGAGCUUGAUCACAGGAACGUCCUCGACUCCUGCCUGCUGCAGAACGGAGGAUGUGAACAUUUCUGCGAUGAAGACGAAGGAGGACGGAAACUAAACUGCUCGUGUGCAGACGGAUACCUGCUGCACGCUGAUAGGCGGAGCUGCCGAGCUGAAGAGUCGAUAGCGUGCGGCAUGGUCCCCGUCCUGCACGGAGAAAACAAAGCCGAGCAGCUCAACCCUCAAGCUCGAAUCGUCGGGGGAACAGAGUGCCCCAAAGGUGAAUGCCCCUGGCAGGUUUUGCUUUUGAAUAAGGGAAAAGGUUUCUGUGGAGGAGUGAUUUAUAAACCCACGUGGAUCCUUACAGCGUCUCACUGCCUGGAGGACACUGAGGCUCAGUUCCUCAAAGUGGUCGCAGGCGAGCACAACACGGAAGUGGACGAGGGCACGGAGCAGCUCAUCCAGGUGUCCGAGGUCAUCAUGCACGAGAACUACGUGAAAAGAACCGCUGACAACGACAUCGCCCUCCUUCGCCUGGCAUCGCCCAUCGCAUACACGAUGCACGCCGUCCCGGCCUGCCUGCCGACACGCCCGCUGGCCGAGCGCGACCUCUGGGCCGUCAGCACGCACACGGUGAGCGGCUGGGGGAGGCGGGGCGAGAACGGGCCCACCUCACACGUCCUGCGGCGGUUGAAAGUGCCGCGGAUCCGCACGCAGCAGUGCGUGGCAGAGAGCGGCGUGCAGCUCACAGAGAACAUGUUCUGCGCCGGGUACAUCGAGGGUCGGCAGGACUCGUGUAAGGGCGACAGCGGCGGCCCGCUGGUGACUGAGUACAAACAGACGGCGUUCCUGCUGGGCAUCGUGAGCUGGGGGAAGGGAUGCGCCCGGCCGGGAAACUACGGCAUCUACACCCGAGUGUCCAACUACCUGGAGUGGAUCCACAACCGGACGGCCACAAACAUCACUGAGGCCUCGACACACAACCUGACCACCUGAGACGGAAGACGUUUACACUCAAGCUACAACGACGAGUCCAUCAACAGAAACAUAAUCUGCAAUAUUCUGAUAAUCGAAAAGUUUAAAGUAAAGUUUCAGCUUCAAAUCUACAGCUUUUCUGUUUGAAUGUGAAGACAUUAAAGACAUCAGGACAUGUUUUAUAAACCAAAUCAUUAAUGCAAAGAAUAAUCUGCAGAUGAAUCAUGAGGUCGAUAAUCAUUAGCUGCAGCUCCUCGUUUAGCAGAAAAGAUAUAAACGUUGCAAAACUCUGAGAAAAGUAGUAAUACUUCAAUAUGAAUUGUUUUGGGAUCAUUUGAGUAGUAAAAGUCAUGUUAAGGUGUCCAACGUAA